GUCAAUCUGGCAACCCGUGCAUAGACUAUAAAUACGCGCUGCAGUGGCGCUCCAUGAGUGGGUCGCGUAAAGCACAAAGCAGCUCCUCCAAAUAGGCUGGGAACUCCAACACUGCAGAAUGGCACCUAAGAAAGUCUGUAUUAUCGGCUCUGGCAAUUGGGGUUCUGCCAUUGCCAAGAUUGUUGGUUCCAACACUGCCAAGUAUGCCACAUUCGAGGACACGGUGAACAUGUGGGUGUUUGAAGAAAUGGUGAAUGGACGCAAACUCACAGAAAUUAUCAACACGGAGCAUGAGAACGUCAAAUACUUGCCAGGACACAAGUUGCCUCCUAACGUGGUGGCUGUUCCAGAUCUAUUGGAAUCUGUGAAAGGUGCAGACGUUCUUAUCUUUGUAAUCCCACACCAGUUUGUAAAGAAAACUUGCGACACAAUCAAAGGUCACAUCAAGUCCGAUGCGGUGGGGAUGUCCCUGAUCAAGGGUGUUGAUGAGGGUCCAGAUGGGCUGAAACUCAUUUCUGAUGUCAUCAACGAGAAGCUGGGUAUCAGUAUGACUGUGUUAAUGGGAGCCAACCUGGCCAAUGAGGUGGCUGAUGGCAAAUUCUGUGAGACCACAAUCGGCUGUAAAAGUAAAGAACACGGGCCACUGCUGAAGGAACUCAUGCAGACGACAAAUUUCCGGGUUACUGUAGUGGAAGAGUCGGAUGUUGUCGAGAUUUGCGGAGCUUUAAAGAACAUUGUGGCAGUUGGCGCUGGUUUCUGCGACGGCCUUGGCUUCGGGGAUAACACCAAAGCGGCAGUAAUCCGUUUGGGUCUGAUGGAGAUGAUUGCAUUUGCACGGAUCUUCUGCACAUCCAGUACUGUAUCCCCCGCCACCUUCCUGGAGAGCUGCGGCGUUGCUGACCUCAUCACCACCUGCUACGGAGGACGCAACCGUAAAAUCGGUGAGGCUUUCGCCAAAACCGGCAAGUCAAUUGAAGAGCUGGAGAAGGAGAUGCUGAAUGGGCAGAAGCUUCAGGGUCCAGCCACUGCAGCUGAAGUAAAUCACAUUCUCAAGCACAAAAACCUGGUGGACAAAUUUCCUCUGUUCAACGCAGUGUAUCAGAUCUGCUUCCAGGGCCAUCCAGUGAAAGAGUUCAUCAGCUGCUUGCAGAAUCACCCAGAACACAUGUAACUCAUUGACCAGCCUGUAGCAUGAUGAGGUUAGUCUAGCUAAUCUAGUUGGGGAGAUGGGGCUGUCUUCACCGUGCCUAUAUUCCUUCCUGAGGAAUGAAGAAUUCGAACUAGGGCUGAUCUGAACUUCAUGUCAAAAUGCCUCACCUUGGAAAAGAAAAAAAAAAAGCCUUACGCCAACGUCUAAGUUAAUGUUGUUAAGGAAGUCCGAUUUUAACCCUUUUAUUUUUUGUAAAUGUGUCCUAACUGAGAUAUGUCCUUACUGUGUUCAUGUAGCUGCUCUCGAGUGAGCAAGCUGCCUUUUUAACACUGUGUGUGUGUGUGCUAAAGGGAUUCUAAAGGAAUUGUGAAUUAAAAGUGCCUUAAAUGGUUUUUACCGGAAUAUUCUGUACACACUGACCCAUCCCUGCUUCGUUGUUGAUUCCAUGUUCAUCAUGGCUCCAGACAUGACAUACUGUCAUUUUGAAAUAAAUUAUUUAAACUGAA